CUUUUGUGUUUCGCCACAGCGUUAUUACGCCUGAUCCAAUCGAAUUAAGCCCACGCACUAGUAUAGUAGAACAGAGCAGCAGCUAGCAGUAACAGAGGCGGCGGCUGCUGAACUGAAGUAGUCAGAGGAUCAGCGUCAACUGUUCAUGGCUUCGGCGGCGGUUCACCAGCUUGUGGUGCUCCUGCUCACGCUGGCCCUGCCGGCGGUCAUGUCCGCGUGCGCCAGUGAGGUCUUCCCAUCAGGGAAGACCUACGUGACGUGCCAGGACCUCCCGGAGCUCGGCACGGCGCUGCACUGGACCUACUACGACUACGCGUCCGGGCCGUUGCUGUCGCUGGCUUUCGUGGCCGUGCCGGCAGCGCCCGGCGGGUGGGUGGCCUGGGGCAUCAACCCCACUGGCAACGGCAUGGUGGGCACGCAAGCGCUGCUGGCCUUCGUGCCUGGCGCCUCCUCGUCCGUGCCCACCGUCAGAACCUACAACAUCACCAGCUACGCGGUUGGCGCCGCCUCGACGCCCAUCGCGUUCCCCACCGCCGGCUUCGCCGCCGACGUGGCCAGUGGCGGGAGGAUCCGGCUGUACGCCACGCUGCAGCUGGACAAGGGCAUCAAAGUGGUGAACCAGGUGUGGCAGGUCGGGCCCUCGGUCACCAGAGGAGUGCCCGAUACGCACGCCAUGGCCCCCGAAAACCUGGCUGCUAUGGGCAAGCUCGUCCUCUCCGUCGGGACCGCCGCAAGCCCUCCAGCGCACGCCGGCGGCACGUCCAGCGACACGACGCCGUCAGGCAGGCAGAUGUCACGGGGGGCAGAGACGGACAGCGUCUCCCUCUCCCCGACGGCACGCGUUGUACUUGCAUUGCUGGGUUUCUGGGCGAUGGUCGGAUAGGUGAAAGUUUUAAUGCAGUAUUUGGUUGUCAAGUAUAGUUGGAUGAGAUGGUUCCAUUUUAGUUUCUGAAAAUAUAAUGGUUAUGUUCCGUAUUUGUAAGUUAGGAUAUAGUCGUGUUGUUUUUUAUUUGGUUAUAUAGAACCAAGCCGCUCUAUCGUAUGUUUGGUUGAAACGUUAUAUACUUCUCACAUUCUUAGGGAGU